GUUUUAAUAAGAAAUGAGUCUCACGUUGUCAGUAUGACAUCACCACUGUAGCUUUCCGUGCAGAACCUACACAGAGGAGUGGAGUCGAACUGCAAUGUUUAACGUCACAUGAUAAAAAUUUCUAUUUCUCCAAAUUGUCCUUUUUUGCGCAACAAAACGGACCUGCGGAUAAGCCGGCUUUCUCGUCAAAUUGAAUAGCCUAACGUAGAAAGGGCAUCUUGAAAUAGUAUCAAUUUCUGCGGUGACCAUUCAAGGCAGUUUUUUUUUCGCUCUAGCUGUAUUGUUUACAACAGGGCUAUGUCUAUUUUCCCACAAUUAAAUACAACAUAAAAAAUAAUCUAUUGUUAAAAGGACUUGAUGGGGUACGAUACAACUGACAAUUAAAACUAUGAGUUGAGCCUUUAUGGAAUAGGCAUCGAAAGCUUCGACUUAGAAAGAAGUCGAGUCGCUGGUAAAAACAAGGUUCUUCAAAAAAAUCUUAAUAAUAUCCAGGCUUGAAAUUCAACAUUUUGGAAAACCUUUCUUAUUGGUGGUUCUGAGUGAAAGAGGCUUUUAAAGCCACGCGUCUGGAUUUGCCCGUCUCGCCAUAUUCAGACGGACCGCAAGGGAAGGACAACGGAUGGACGAGGAAGGAGGAAUGAGAUAAGCAUCUUUUCACUCUGCGAGCAACCGCACAGCCGCCGCAGCUCUCUCUCUCGCUUUCUAUCUUGCUCUCUCUCGCUCCCUCUCUCUCUCUCUCCCCCUCUCUCCAAAAAUAAAGAGAUCGAAGACGGACUAACGAGCGCUUAACACAGAAAUUUAUGGUCCCAGUACUGGUUAACUUGGCUUGAAUGUUGACUGCCUGGAUAAUGACAUUACAGUCGAUCCCGCGAGGUGAUGUAAACUGAAUAAUUCAAUGCGGGUGCACGUCCAGGGAGCUGUCCGUGCUGUUGAGGUGCUGAUGCGGCUCUGAGAGACGCGAGCAUGGCUGCCGGGAAGCUGCUGCUGUACGCCGGCCUCUCACUCUCGCUGUGCGCCCUGGGGAUGCUGGCGGUGGCUAUCUGCUCUGACCACUGGUACGAGACGGACGCCCGGAGGUACAAGGAGCGGUGCAGAAGCUUCAGCAGCCGCAGAAACGACCCGGGCUUUAUUUACAUCCCCAAUAACAGCCUCCCGCUCCGCGCCAGCAGGUCGAGGCUGGACCGUUGGGAGGAGAAGCUGCUGCUGGCUCGGAACCGGCGGCAGCUGUUCGCCAUGAGCGCCGCGGACGAAUGCAGCAGGCAGUACAACUCCAGCAACAUGGGACUGUGGAGCAAAUGCCAUCGCCCGGGAUUCGACCAGGACGUCGAGGACCUCAUUCGGAAAGGUUCCAUCACCAGGUGCUCCUUCAUCAAGUACCACUACUCCUCGGCCGCCAUCCCCAAGAACCUGUCCUACAACAUCACCAAGACCAUCCAGCAGGACGAGUGGCACUCCCUGCACCUAAGGCGGAUGACAGCGGGCUUCAUGGGCAUGGCAGUGGCCAUCAUCUUGUUCGGCUGGAUCAUCGGAGUGCUGGGCUGCUGCUGGGACAGGGGUCUUAUGCAGUACGUCGCCGGUCUGCUCUUCCUUAUGGGAGGUACCUUCUGUAUCAUCUCCCUGUGCACCUGUGUGGCCGGCAUCAACUUCGAGCUGUCCCGCUACCCCCGUUACCUGUACGGGCUGCCCGACGACAUCGGCCACGGGUACGGCUGGUCCAUGUUCUGCGCCUGGGGGGGCCUGGGCCUCACCCUCAUCGCCGGCUUCUUCUGCACCCUGGCCCCGUCCGUCCAGCCCCUGCCCCGCUCCACCUGCCCCAAGUCCCGACCGGAGAACGGAACGGUCUGCUAAGAGCGCCCCCUUCAGGCGUCCGGUGACACGACACACAUACACACAAAACACUGCCUCUGUGCGUUGAGACCGUGUCCGCAAAACCUUGCGAGAACGUCGCGCGGAGAGGAGGAACACGAGCAAGCGGCUAAACGCAUAGCAUCAAAGGGACACUUUUCAGUCUUUAUAAAUAUUUCCUGGCUACAGACAAUGGGAACAUUUCUGUGUGUGUUAAAAAGAAAAAAACCAUAAAACAAAAAAACAAAACAGGAACAAGGAGGGGGGAAAAAACGGCAAGACUUUGAUUCGGUUCCUUCAACAGACCUAAGGAAUUUUGAGUCAAGUGUGACGUGCAAACUGAUUAAAGAAACUGGUGCUGUGUGUCUUAAGCAAACCUGUACAGAUAAACUCGGGUGAACCUGGCGGAGUCUUCUGUUGACACAGAAGAACUGAAGGCUGCCCGUGAACAAUGAACUGAGUGGCAGUGGUGGGGUAGGGGGACCAUGGCAUAAAUGGUUGUAAUUCAAGAACCAGGGCACCGGUCUUGUGCAGAAACCUGCGGUAGAAAUCCCGCCACAUCUGCUUUUCCAGAGGCUGGAGGUAGCAUUUUCAAGGCCUCGCCCCCACCCCCCCCUCCUCUGACACCUGAAUGAUGAUUGAUGGGGCAGGCCAAAGGCAUAGCACAGCGUAGCACACAUUGGUCACCCAUGCCCAGAGCUGAAAGUGGGUGGAGACAAGGGACAAGGGACACGGGGCACAGGCAUUGGUUUCGAAAAAGGUACAGUAUACGUCUGCAGACUUGCUAUUAUCGAGUGGUAAGCCGUUGCCAUAGUAGCACACUGCAGUUCCCCCAGACAGGUCAGCUUCAGGGUCAGCUUGAUGGACUUUAUCCAGAUCAUGAAAGAAAAAAAAAAAAAAAAACAAAAUUACUUCUUGCUGACUGAAAAGUCCAGGAGUGGGAUCAGAUAAGACAGCCAUUUAGUCAGCAGGGAAUUUGUCGAUUCCCCCAUUGCAAACUGUCUCUACUAUCUUAUAGAGAGACCAGUCGCUGCAUGCGACUGGGGUCUCUUCACCAUUGUACAGAUGUGUACAGAAUACUACUACCAAGAAUCAAAAAGUGAAACUUCCAUUUUGUGUUUUUUCAUAUUUCGGUGGACGUCCCAUUCCCUCUGCUCCUGUGAGGAAGCAGUGACUUAUUUGUGUAUUUACAUUUUAUCAGUUGUCAACUUUUGUCACUUUUCUUUUUUUAAAAAUUAAAAACAAACCAUCCUGGGUGUGUGCUUGAGGUGACUGCACACACGUUUGUGUGUGUGUGUGUGUGUGUGUGUGUAGCGCGUGAGCCAUUUUUCACUCUGCCAUUUUCAUAGAGUUGUGUGUGUGAGUGGGUGUUUUACAAUCUGUAUAAGGGGGGAAAAAAACGUAUGGUAAUAAAAUAAAAAUAAACAGCUACCUAAGGGAAGAGGUAGGGUAAUUUCGUGAAAGGGGAGCGAGUGAUGCGGUGUCCUGGUUGUGCGGAACGGCCUCUCAUUUCAUCUUCUUCACGGCUUUCUGUGGCGGCGUUCUUCGGAGAGACGGCCGAUUUAUGAGAAAUGAUUCCGCAUCUCGCCCUCACCGCCUCGAGUGGAAAGCUCUGAAGCACUCGCUCUUUCUGAUAGGAAGCACAGGCUCUCUGUACCUUAGGACAAAAAAAGCUUGUUUUGAUGUUUCCUGGUAUCACGAAAAGACUUUCUUCUUCUCCCCGCCCUUCCUCCCCCUUCCUUCCCCAGAAAUGAUUACCUGUUUCUGCAGUGUUCGGGUUUGUGAGUUGCUUUUAUAAAGCUACCUCCAAAGGUGAGGUUGCAGGUAUACAUCUUCCAGUCCAGCCCUUCGAAAGGCUUCCCUCCUCAUCUUAAUUCACAACCCCCUCCCCCCCCCCCCAAACCCAGUUCUGCUGGCUGGAAAACCAGGGAUACCUGCUCAGUGCAUAUUUCCCAAUGUUCCCACAGACUGCCAUUGUCUUCAGACAGUAACGAGUCCUCAUUUACAUAUGUGCAUAUUAUUAUUAUUAUUAUUACAUUAAAUCCCUACCAUCCAUAAGGUUUCACUUGGGUAACACUCAAAUGCUCACCCUAUUAUCCAAGAGUGAAAUGCUAUAUGAUAUUUGUUUUAUCGAUGGAUUUAAUAGCCUGGAUGAUGAAAAACGAUCGCAUUGUUUUCGUUCUAGUAUUCCUCUAGGAAACUGCACACUGUGCAACCUGUCACCUCAUUUUUGGUUUCCCUGUAUUUCAAAAACUGGUAAAUGAUUUCGUCCCACGAGAUGCAGAUGUGUAACAUAAUUUAUGACAGCCUAGUCUAAGCGAUGCAAGAUCCAAUACUGCAACUUUUCAAAUUGAACUCAGUACACUACACAAAAAAAAUGCUCAUUUAAUGCACAAUAUCUAUAAGAAAUCCGGCCAAAUAGUACAGUCUGCUUUUGAAAGUGCAAAUAUCUCUCCACUGACAGUACUCCACUGAGUACUUCCUGUCUGCAUGACCGGUGAUUGGAGGACUGAUGUCACACAGUGAGGCUGGACUUCCAAUAUGAGAUACAUUGACCAACUAUUCUUAGUAGGGCAUUGCUUGAAAAGCGUGGACACUUCACGCCUUGAGCUGUGAGCUUCUCCAUCUUAAGGUUUUUUUCUAAGGUUUCGCUGAUGAACCUUGAAGGAAAAGCCUUCUUAUCUUCCUCCCCAGUGCCUCAGUUCAAGAACUGUGAGCAACAAACACGUUUAAAGUGGGAGGCGAGUUUCAGUGGGCAAGGUAAACUGAGCAAAUUAACUGAAGAGUACUUCGAGAAGUUUGGGCUCCUUUUUAAAAAAAAAAAUUUUCACUUCACAGCCUGGGUAUUAAAAAAAAAAACGGGGGAGGAGGAGGAAGCUGCCGCUGGAUGUGGGCGGAGGACGCAAUUGGGCGUGAAAUUACAAUAACAUAACUGGACACACUUGACAAACUGCAGCUACCGCCCCCCCACCACUCCCCCCCUCCCACUCCCACCCCUACCCCCACCGCGAAAGCAAACGCAAGAUAAAAGACAGACUUACCCCCCAUCAGAGCAUUCUGGAGGAGAAAGCUGCAAAACAAUUCUCAUCAACAGCUGACGUUGCAAAGGAAAACCAUGGAGAAAGAAAAACAGACCGGCCUUAGCACAUCCACAUCUGCCUGCUCCCUGUCUCAGUCAGUGAGAAAAACAAGAAGACAUAUUUGGGGGGGGGGGGCAGGGAGGAGGUGGUCAGAAAUUACCUUUACAUACGCAGUUCUUGCUUCGUAAAGCCACUGAUACAUGCUUAUCUUCCCCGAAAAACACCACCCAGGGGUAGCAAGCCUUGGUCCCAGUGUGCCAGUGGCAUUUCUGGUCUCUGUUCCAGCUGGUUUCUGUACAUCCCUGGCACUCUGGGACCAAGGUUCUCCCCACCCCAUACAGUUAAUAACCGGUAUAACUAUAUAACUAUGAGGAAAUAUUUUACAGCUGUACCAGGUAGUGCACUUGUAGUCUGACACCACUUUCAGUGUCUUAAGUUCCCAGAGGUCCCAAGGACAGGAAGCAAACCCACAGCACGAGGGGAAGGUAGAGGAAAUGAAAGAAUAGCUGUUACCAAUCAAAGCCCAAGGUUGAAAUGAUUAAAGUGGUCAUUUUCUUACAUUUCUGUCAGGAGUGAGGGGCUCACAGUUACCACAACAAUAUUUAACACUCCUCAAUCAUUGAAAAAGCUGUCAAUCAAAUAAUCAAUACCCCUCCUAAGUCAAACAGAGGCUAACUUCAUUGGGAAGAAAUACUUGGAAGUCAGCUGAAGACAUUUCACGUCUGUGUAACAUUGGGAAAUACAUAUAUUUUUGAUGGUGUAAAAUAUUGAAAGGAGGUUAGACGGAAACAGAAUACCGCAACAUUCAUUUCAAUUAAUAUUUAAAAACUAAGGAUCUGUCAAACUUCUACAUCAGUAAUGUGUCUGUUCAGUAAGCGAAAAUUAAAUAAAAAUUUUUAAAAAAGAAGUAAAUAAAAAUAAAUCCUGGACAUGUUCAACUGUGGAAUGUAAAAGCAUACGAAAUAAAAUCUCAUUGGUGUGUU